AGCAGAGGCAUUUGAGUCAGGGCACACAUGCCUCAGCUGUGAGAGGCCCUACUCCCCUUGGCUGGCUGGCAUCCCAGAGCAGAGGCAGAGAGACAGGGAAGGCUGAGAGCGUGAGACUGAGGGAGACGAGAAAGUUUGGGUGUAAAGUAGACUAGACAGAGGCAAGCAAGUGGUUGAGAAAGUCGUGUGAAGGCAAAAAGAAAGGAUCAGGGACUGAGCUUGUGCAGUGUGGCUCCUGCAGGUUGUUUUUCACUGGUGUAUUUUUAUCUGUAGUGACAGUGCAGGCGGUUUGUAUUUGGAGCUGACAGCCAUGGCGGAUACAGGUGUCAAGAAGGAGCGCACAGGCCUAGCAGAAGUGCCUUAUGAUGAUGACGAGGUAGCUCUGGUAGGUGCUGCCACAGAGCCUGCUGUGGAUGAUGAUGAUCCCUCUGAGGAGGUGGACCUGGUGCUGGCCACUGGCCCCGGAGGCAAGAGUGAAGCGCAGAUGAACGGGGUCAUGGUUCUGUCUCUGCUAGACAAGAUCAUUGGGGUGGUUGACCAGAUCCAGCAGACCCAGAAUGGGCUGGAGGCCCGGCAGGAGGCCAUGGAGAAAUCAGUGUCAACCAUCCACGGGGAGCUGGCUAAGUUGUCCAAGAACCAUGUCGGCACAGCCAACACUGUCAACAAAAUGCUGGACAAGGUACGCAAGGUCAGUGUCAACGUCAAGACGGUGCGCAGCAACCUGGAGAAGCAGGCGGGCCAGAUCAAGAGGCUGGAGAGCAAUGAAAGCGAGCUGCUCAAGAGACGCAACUUCAAAGUCCUCAUCUACCAGGACCAAGUGAAGCCACCAAAGCCAUCCAAACCCAAGACAGGAGAGACGGUAGUUGAAGGCCAAGCUGUGGAGGGCCUCGAGCAGAUACCUGAGGGACAAGAGGGACGCCCAGACAAUCUCAAUUCAGAUGAGGAGGUAGAGAUUGAGGAAAUUAUUGAGGAGUCUCGCACCAAGCGUCUCCAACGCACCACCAAGCAGCAAGUGGACAACAUCAAGAAAGCCUUCUCCAAAGAGAAAAUGGAGAAGACCAAAAAAAAGACAAAGGAGAACCUUGAGAAGACAAGACAGAAAACCCGUGACAACCUGGAGAAAACGAAGCACAGCCUGGAGAAGAAGAUGGGCAAGCUCGGGACCCGCAUGACCCCCAACAUGGAGCGCAGGGCGAAGCUCAAGAGCUCCAAAGACAAGAUGAAGAAGUCCCUCACCCCUGACCACACGGUCUACGCUCGCUCCAAGACCACUGUGUACCGCGUGCCCCCCUUCACCUUCCAUGUCAAGAAGAUCCGAGAAGGGCAGGAGGAGGUGGUGCAGAACACAGAGAUGGUGGAGGUGAAAGAGGCCGAGGGCCAGCCAGGGGGAGAGGAGAACGGGCUGGGUGGUGUGCACGUGGAGGUGGAGGAAGGGGAGCUGGUGAGUGUAGACAGCCCAGAGAUGGAGACUCUGUUGGAGGUGACUGAGGACUCCCAGCUGGUCAUGGUGGAGCCAGACCACCACCUAAAGAAGGCCCAAAGCGAAUAGAGCCUCCCAGCUCUGCAGGGCUGUGAUGGGAGAGAUAAAAGGAUGAAGAGGGGAACGGAGUCUAAUCAUAAGGACACAAUGUUAGUCGUAGGGACUUUCUAGACAUGAUCACAAUCUAUGACAUCUAACUUGUUUUCUGUUCUCUUUUUAUUAUACCCAACAGGGAUGACUUUCAUAUUUGCUCCUAUUUAGCAUACAAAUGAGAAAAACUAAAACAAAGCUAGCUUUUUUAAACAUGCUGCAGGCUGACUGGUUAUUCUAGACUUGUAUGUUCAGGCUAUUUGCUGUUUGUUGUUGGUUUGAUUGAGUGGCUAUAAGAAUAAAAAAGAUAUAAAUAGUCUUUGCUAUUGAGAUGUAAUGUAUAAUCCAAUAUUUGUCAUGUAUGACAUGCUCAGUGGGUAUGGUUACAGAAGGUUGUUGGCAGGAUUCAUGCUUUAAUGCACGGGCCUAGAUUUCAUGAUGGGGAGAUGCGCAGGGGACACUUCACCAUUAAUGUUUUGAAAAUAUGCAUUGUUUUGACAAAAUUAAAGAUAUUUACACCAUAAAAUUAUGCCGCAAAGGAACAAAUUGGUGCAUAAAAAUUCACCAGAAUGCAUGAAGUGUACAAAAUGUACUGGUGGAGGACCCCCAAACCUCCCGUUUUAGAUAUGUCCCCCCCUCCCAUGUGUUGAAACGAAACCUACGCCCUCGCUUAAAGAAACAGUGUGUAAGAUUUAGAGGGAUUUAUUGGCAUCAAGCAGUGAGGAUUGCAGAUUGCAACCAGCUAAAACUUCUUCAGGAGUUCCUUCAGUGUUCAUGUUCAGGGUUUUUUUUUUUACCAGAAGCUGAUUUAUCCACAGAGGUCUCUUCUCCAAAAUAAAUGGACUGGUAAAAACACUGAAUAAAGCAGUUUCACGUUACAAAUCAGUGUUUCUCCGACGCUGUUUGGCAUGUCGGAGAUGAGCCGCUAGCCUGUGUGUGCUCACCUUUUUUCUCUUAUUUAAGAACUUAAGAACCAGACACUCAGGAGGUUUUUACCAUGUGCUGAAUUAUACCCAGAGGUCCCUUCCUCUCCAUAACAAAUAGAUCAGCUGAUUAAACUGGUAAAAACACUGAAUAAAGAAAAAAAUCUGUGUUUUUCCAAAGCUCAUCAUGGAGGUGCUGCAGACUGUGGUGGUUGAUAUGAAUGGCCCUAUCUAAAGCCAGUGUUUGUCGCUCUGGGCUACUGCAGAAACAUGGCGGUGCAACAUGGCAAUCCUUGUAGUUGAGGACCCCACUCCCUAUAUAGAUAAAAUCAGCUCAUUUUAAGGUAACAAAAACACAACAAUUAUUAUUUUCAGAUGAUUAUACACUGAAGAAAACAUACUUACUAUAAAAUAUUCCAUUUCUGCCUAUAUAUCCCCCUAAAUCCUUCACACUGGAGCUUUAAAUGGAUGGUUUUAGUGAUGUAAUGUGCAUGAGGGAAACAAAACAAUGAACAAGUAGGCAAGGUUAAGGCCUGCAGAAGAAAUAAAGGACUGAGGAGGAUGGAGGAGAGAAGACAAGUGGGAAUGGACUGAGAAAAUCCUCUCCUCAAGAGUUUACAAAAAUGUAACCUCUGAUAUCAGGUAAUAUACUGGAGGGUUUCUUGAUAUAAAGUGAAUGCAAAUGACUAGAAAUAGAAGUGUUAAGUCUGAUCAGUUAUAUUGUGAACAUUAAAACACAGACAAAUUCUACUAUUAGAUGAUUUAAGCACUUACAGAUAGCACCAUACUUACCAGCUACAGUUACUGCCGUAACAAAUCAUUUUAAGUUUUACCUUUUUGAGGACGAGGCUGCGAGUGAAUAUCGUGUAUGUACAUUUUGUUUAAAAAAAAAAAAAAGACAGUGAUAAAGGAUCAUUAAGCCUUAGAAGAAUCAGUCCACCACUGAGUUUUAAGUUAAACUAUUUUAUGUGGCAAAAUGUCUGUUUGUUCUAUUCUGGGUCACUCACUCAAAAUUUCAGCUAUAAUAUUAUAUCUGAAAGCUGAUAUCAAUGAAAUUUAGAAUGUAGCCUUUUGUAUCUUGACAAUGCAUGCUUGAAAAAUAUGGUUUGAUCAUCAUUUACCUUAAUGUUUUGAUGUAUAUUCACCACGCUACGUUUGUUGCAUCUGGACAUGUUGUACUCACCAACUGCCAUAUAGCACACCUCUGCACAGAGGAGAAGAAAAAUGUCUGAGUCACCAUAGUCACGGCUCAUCACAGUACAUUUCCACAUCCCUAUAAAAUUUUCACAAAGUAAUUGCAGGCAGAAAAAUGAUGGCACGAAGAGCAAGACGACAGUUUAAUGACUGACUACGUAACACACGGUGAUGCAAAUGUCAUCCUAAAUGCAGUCAAAGUGAGACAGCACAUUGCCAAGUAUUAUGAUCGACAUGGCACUUUAAUAAAUGUCAGAACAACAUGAUCUAGUCCACAAACAUUUUUGCAGGUGCAGUCUGGUGUACUUCUUCUGAAUUACAAUGAAUAUGAAAAAAACUGCCUGACCGUCAUUGUAAUUUAGAGAAGAUGAUUGUGGACUUCAAUAAUAGUGAUUGGAUUGUAAUUAUUGGGAUCCUGAUGUAAACUGGCUAUGCCAUUGUUCAAUCAUUGCCACUUUGAUCAUGUGGGGCAGCCACAAAGGACUCCGGAAGGGGGAGAAGGUGAAAGUACUGCCUCCAUUUUCCUCCCUAGAGACUGUGUUUGAUCUUAAUGUGGUGCAGGCAGGCAGAAGCCCACUGUGUAACAUGGAGCAGCACCAUUAAAAUAAUCAAUGGGCUGGGGAAUGCAAUCAAGGAGAGUGCUCCCUCUGUGCACUGAGCAGGGUAGAGAACAAUGAGAAGGACAGAGGAAAAACCGUGUGUCCGUGUGAGUGUGUUCGUGUGUGUGAUUGUGAUGUAUGUGCAUACCAUGUACCUUCAUUGAUAUUUUGGUGAAACUCCAAGUUUAUAUCAGUCCCCUAUUAAGUGCAAAUUCAAGGGAAGCAAAGAAAUUGAUUACACACCUGUGAUAUCACAUGGGCUUAAAAUGACUAAUGUAUUCUCUUUUUGGUGAUCUACAUUGUUUUGCACAUUAAAUAUUGAAACACUUGUAAGAUAUUGGUCCCUUUUUUUAAGGUGUGAUAUUGCCAACAUGUAUAUUUUGCUUUGUUUUGACCUACUGCUAUAAAACAGAACCAGCCUGCUAUAAGCAUGAUAGGUCAUGCAUAGUUAAAUAGAGGCACUGUCAUUUUAAAAAAUGCUGCAACACAAUAAUUACUGUUGGUGUUGAUGGAUUCAUGUUCAAGUAAUGAAGCUUGCCGUUUCUGUUGUGUUUUAGGCCUAUUUUGCCACUUCAAUAUUAAUAA